AUGUCUUCGCUGUUCGACAGCUUCUUCGGAUUCAUUUUCUGGGGUGUCGCUUACUUCCGAAUGCGCAAGGUCGACGGCAGUCUCGAGCUCGUCAAGCAGGGCAAUAUUCGCGCCAUUCUGAUGGCUCUCUUGAACCUGGCUAUUAUCUUGAUAGGUAUUUUUUUCCUCACUGCCGGUACAUAUGCCAGUGUCCAGAGCAUUGUAGACGCUUUCAAUGCCGACCAAGUUGGUGGUGUCUUCACAUGUGUUAGCAACGGCUUGUGA